CUUUACAACUUUGUAAACAUAGGAAUUCCUUGCUGUUCCCGUAUUUUCGAUCUUGUUUGAAAGCAAUGUGCUUGCUUCCUAUUCUAAUUUCGUAGGGGUUUUGACAAGAAAACAAAGUUAAUUAUUUCAAGAAUUAGCCAUGGAGUGGGAGAGUCAACAACGUGAAAGAGUCAGCACUCCGUCUACUCCAAACAGCAUGUCUAGCCACUCGACUAGUUCCUCACGACCACCGACAUUUAAAACAUUACAGCCCAGUCCAUCAGUAGUGGCUCUCAGUAAACUCUCAGAUGAUGAUCUUCGACGUAAAGGUAUGGAAGAUUUGAUCCGAAUUAUUCGACGUAUGGAACAUGAUUAUAAAUCCUUGAUGGGUGAACAAGGACAUAUGGUGAAAGAUGUCACAAGGAAGAUGCAGAUUUACUUGAUGGAAAUUCGUGGAUUGAAAGAAAAUAAUCAGAAGGUUCAGGAAGAGUGUCAAGAAUUGAGAGAUCUUUGUUGUUUUUUGGAUGAUGAUCGUCAGCGUGGUAGGAAGUUGGCACGAGAGUGGCAGCGUUUUGGGCGAUAUACUGCCAGCGUGAUGAGAAGUGAAGUUGCUGUCUAUCAGGAUAAAUUAAAAGAACUAGAACAGAAACAAGAGGAGUUGAUUUUGCAAAAUACAGAGCUGAAAGAACUCUGCCUUUAUUUGGACCAGGAAAGAGUCCAUAUGACAGGUGAUCGAGAUGACGGGGAUGGAAGUAGUUCUGGAACAAUGGCUGGUAUAGAAGAUGGACAUCCUUUAGAUCAAGACAGACAACAGACACCAACUCAAGCCAUGACUAAUUCAAUUCCAGAUCAGACAGUACAGUAUAUCAGACAACUGGAAGAUAAGUUAAAAAGUCUUGAAGAAGAGAGAAAACAACUAGCAAAAAGAGUAGAAAGGAAUGGAGGGGAUGGUUUUCGUCAAACUGAUCGUAACGGUACAACAAAUAUGAAACCAGAACAUUUACAGGAUAGAAGAUCUGAUGCUAGCCCUAAUAAUUCCAACCCUGUCAAUGCAUCAAAACCAGAGGCUAUAGUCCAUGCCAUGAAGGUAUUACAGGUACACGAACAAUUAGAAAGGGCUAGGAAUGAACCAGGAGAAGAUAACUUAGAUGAAAAGGAAAUGGCUAUUGUAAGAGAGAUGUGCAAUGUGGUAUGGAGAAAACUAGGGGAUAAUAAUAAACCAGAGAAUACAGGCUCCAGGACAGGAUAUCAAGCCCCACCCCCACAGCCACCCAGACAGCCCCCACCUUACAGCGCUGCCGCAUAUGUAAUAAUAUUUUUCAACUGAACAAUUUGGAGAGGAAAAUGAUGAAAGAUGUGAAAGUAUUUCAUGAACCACGACGAGGCUAAUAAAUCAAUUUCAAUAUUUGAUGUAGUAGUGUUCAAAAACAUAUGAUAUUACUCAUGUACCAACAAUUUGUGAGUGAAAAACAGUGAUCAUCACAUAUUUUAGGGGAGCGAGGCGGAACAUAGGAAGUCAAUAGAGUGCAGCAUUUUAUUUUAUAGCCUUAUAAAUAGUUAUUGUGAUUCUUAUACAAAUCGAACCG